AGGGAGACGGUCCACCGCACGCGUGCCACCAACUGAUCUGGCUCGCGUCUGCAUUUGAAGAACUCGCGGUGCGUUUCAAAGCAAACGGCAGUUAACGACGCGGAGGGGGCGCUCGCGCGCACGCUCUGUCUCACUCUCCUUCCCACGAUUCAUUCCUCAGAAGAGCAACGAGACGCGAGGAUCGCUGGCUGGCGGGAAGCAGGAACGAGGGAGCGCAUUGGGGAGAUGAGGCGCCUGGGUAGUUGAGCAUCCCAAGAACAUCCUUCCGAAACCAGGGAAACUAACCAGGGAGGGACGGCUCGGCCUUCCCCUAGGUGGGUCUCUAAUAGUGAAGCGAAGAAUAAGCACCCUAUUUUCGUAUGUUGGGGGCGCGUCGGAGAGCAGUGUAGGUCACGUUGAUUCACGCCUUUUCCUGUGGGGGAACAAAUGGAUAGUAGCCUAACCCUUCAGGAAAACCUUCUCAGCUGCACUCUCCCCCGCCCCCUGGGGAAAAACACACACGCCUCCUUAAUCUCUCAUGGGCCAUCGCAUUUACCCAUCGAAACUCCCAUUGUUACGCUUUUAUAAAAAAACUUGCAAGGAGCCCAAGGGCGUUCCAAGGUGCCUUCCUUUUCCCGCUGCCUGAUCCCCCCAACCAACCCUGUGAGAUAACAGAAUAAGAACAAUGAAGCCAGCAAAAAAAGUUAAAGACCCACAGUUCGACUCCUUACUUGGUGAAAAGAAGAGAGGAAAACUGAAGUAUGAACCUGAGCCAAUGGUUUUAUUGCCUUCAGUUCCACCAGAAUCUGUUGCACAGUACUCUUUAGCCCUUCCAUCAACAAAUAAAGAUAGAAUGCUAGAUGAAAUGGACACGCUUAGGAAUAUCACUGAACAUCUAAAUCAGAUUGUGCAGACAAUGGAAGAUGUAUAUGAAAAUGAAGAUGAAACCAAAGGAGGAGGACGAGGAGAAGAGGAAGGAGAACCCAUACCACCGAAGGAAGAACAUGAAGAUAUGACCUCUUUCCUGAUAUGCUGUUCACAACUUAGUAACCAAUUAGACUGUGCACUUCAUGAAGAAAAACAAAUAUUAGAAUCGUUGCUUAAGUGGUUUGAAAAGGAGGUCCAUGAGAUGGAAGAGUUAGGUGAGGAAGAAAUUAUUCCAGACUGGCAAAUUCCAGUAGCUGACAAAAACAUAUCAAAUAACAUUAAUAAAUUACUGGACCGAAUCCAAAGGCUUGAAGAUCUGAAAGGCCGUAUUCAAGAAUUGCCCAAGCUUAUCCAGAUUUCUGCUCCUAAACAGGAAAAGAAAAAACCAUUAAGCCCUGCACCUCCUGUUCAAAAAGACCCCAAAAAUAUUAUUGAAGAACUUGCUAUGAAACAUGCCACUGAGGAUGUAAUGAAUAUGGUACAGGUUUUCCAAGAUGACACAGGACAACCACAAACAAUUGAAUCAAUGAAUAAUCGCAUGCUAGAAAUAAUGAAAGUAUUUGAAAGACAAACAAACAAGUUACACAGAGUUGCAAAUGAACAGGAUGUUCUGGAAGGUAAAUUACAGAAGAUUCAGCAUGAAUUUCGAAAGCUUGCAGAAGAGAAAGAGAUAAUGGAGGAUGAACUUCAAAAGAUGAAAGCUUCAGAGCAGCAAGAGAAAGGAAUGCCAGAUGCAAGGAAAAAAAUGAUAUCAAAAAUGGAGAAAGUGAAAGUUGAAGAGAAACCUCAAGUAAUUACAGAAAAGCUGCAUAAAUGGGGUAAUCUUCCUUCAAAGCAGAAAGAAUUUGAAAACCAGAAAAUGAAAGAAGAUUUAGCUAAAGCUCAGGCAGAAGUUCAGUCUCUUGAACAAGAGAAGAAAAUGCUUGAAGAGAAACUACAGAAAGCAUUAGAGGAAGCUGAGCAGGCUAAGAUUCAACUUGCCGAAAUACCUCCAAAUAUUCCAGACUGGCAAUUCCCUUAUACAGCAAUUGCAGAAGAUGACAAAGAUGUACAGAAGAAAGGCAAAAAAGCAACAAAAUCUAAAGGCAAAGGAGAAGAUCAAACAGAUUUACGAAAAACGUCUGUUAGUGGAACUGACAGAACAAUCCAUCAGUUGCAAAGACCUGACACAGGAAAAGACAUUUCCACAGUACCCCAAACAAGAGAUGUUAAACACAAAACAAAGGGGUCAAUUUAUGUAGAGCCUGAUAAAGGACUGAGUGAAGGUCUUGAAAAAGAACUCACUGAAGGCACAUCAGGAGUAACUGACAAAAGGCUGGAGGAAUCAAGAAAAACAAAAGCAGGAAAAUCAGAGACAGUUGAUUCCAAAGGUUCUGCAAAAUCCAAGGAGACUGCAGAGAUGAAAAAACGACGUCCAAUAACAAAAGGUGCAGGGAAAGAAACAUAUCGCAGUCCUGUUUCAGAAUUUUCACCGUUACCUUCCGUUAAGGAAAAGCAGCAGUUGCCUGAUUCCACAGGAGAUAAGGAAAAAACUUUAGAUAAGUCUCCUGAGGAAAUACUUCCACCUGACUCAAAAAGAAGGAAAACAGAAAUUACCAUCUCUCCUCAACGUGAUAUCCAAGAAGAGGAAGAGAGCUUGCGCAUCACUGAGCAGAAAGCUUCACCACUUUCAGAAAUGAAAGUUUCAGUUGAACCUAAGGAAAUUAUGGGAGAGUCUAAAAAGGCAUCACCAGCUAUCAGUCCAGAACAGGCUUUAGCUGUGGAAGAAGAAAUUCCAGAAAUUUAUAUAGGUUCAGUAGAACUUCAAGAGGAUAAAACUAGGGACUUGGUUAAUAAAAGAAUGCUUCAGCUUGCAGACCAUUUGACAGAGCUGGAAGGAAUGCCUGAAGCAGAAACUUUAUCCAGGCUCUUAUUAGAGCCUGGGAAAAACAUGGAAUUAUUAUCAGAUAGACAAAAACUUCAAUUACUAGAUCAGCUGAUAACUCCAGAUGGACUUCUGCUACCUGAGGAAGAGGAAACAGAACAGAAAAGAAGGUUACUCUCAGAGAUGGCAUCAACUCUUCAACUUCUACAGCAAACACAGGCUCCUGAAGUCAGUCAAUCAGAGGAAGAAAUUAAUGAGAUGACAGAGAAAAGAAGAGCCCUACUUGCAAAUCUGGACUCAGACUUAAAGGAUCUUCAACAAACAGAAGCUCUUAGACUUGCCCAACAAGACAUUGGAAGUGAAAUUAACAAGCUGUCAGAAAACAGAAGCCUAUUGCUUUCUAGCAUGGAAUCAAAUAUGAGAGAUUUAGAACUGGCCCAGGCUCUUGCAGCUACUGAGCCAUCAGAAAUGAAUGAGAACAAAGUAAAGGAGUUACUUCAACAAAGAGAACUGUUGACUGCAAAUCUAGAGGCAAAUCUGCAGGAUCUGCAAAGAGGAAAAGCUCUUAAAGCUGUCUUAGGAGAAAAAGAUAAGCCUGAGAAGGAAAUAGAUGAGCUCUCAAAGCAAAGGAAAGUUUUGCUUGCAAGUCUGAAAUCAAAUUUGAAGGACUUAGAAGAAGCUGAGGCUCUUGCAGCUAUCCAACCAGGAAGUGUGAGUGAUAAAAAGAUAGAAGAGCUUAAAGAGCAAAGAAAGGUAUUGGCUGCACAUCUAGAAAAAAAUCAGCAGGAUCUGCAAAUGGUGCAAACUUAUGCUCCAGGCCUUGCAAGAGACAGCAGACUUCAGGAAAUGAAACUAUCUUCAUUAUCUGAGAAGAAAAAACUUUUGCAAGAAAAACUAGAUUCAAAUCUGAAAGAUCUACAACAAGCAGAAAUGCUUGCAUCUCUCCAGCCAGACAGUAUAAAUGUACAAAAACUUCAGGAACUAACUGAGGAAAGAUGCCAUUUGACUGAAGAUCUAAAGGCAACCGUGAACAGCAUGCAAGAAAUACAGCGUCAUGCUUCACAAAGAACUUUAUUUAUAAGACCCAGUGAAAGAGGAUUAAAUGAAUUGUAUGACCUAGCUGAGAAGAAGCAACUGUUACUGGAGAAGUUGGCAUCUAAUAGGAAAGAACUACAAGAAGCUCAGGACCUUGCGACUACCCAACCAGGGAGUGUCAGUGAGCAUAAGCUGCAGGAGUUAGCUGAGCAAAGAAGACAUUUGACUGCAGAUCUUGAGGCAACUUUGGAUGAUAUACAAAAUGUAUAUCGUCGUGCUUCAGAAAGACCUCUACUUGUGCAACCUGGUAAACGAAAUGUAUACGAAUUAUCACUGAAGAAACAAGAGUUACUGGAAAAGUUGGAAUUUAAUCAGAAACAGCUAGAAGAAGCUCAGGCUCUUGCAGUUGCUCAACCAGGCAGUAUCAGUGAUCAUAAGCUGCAGGAGCUAAGUGAGCAAAGAAGAUAUUUGGCUGAAGAUCUAGAGACAACUGUGCAAGAGCUACAAAAAGCACAGGAUAUUGCUUCAGAAGGAGCUGUAAUUACCUCUGAAAGGGAAUUAUAUGAGCUGUCUUCAAAGAAGGAGGAGUUGCUAGAAAAGUUGGAAUCUAAUUGGAAAGAGCUGCUAGAAGCUCAGGCUCUUGCAAUUGCUCAGCCAGGCAGUAUCAGUGAGGAUAAAGUACAGGAGUUAGCUGAGCAAAGAAAACACUUGACUAAAGAACUAGAGCGAACAGUACAUGACAUAGUAGAAGCAGAGCAUCAGGUUUCGGAAAGAGAUGCUGAAAUGGAAUUGUAUGAACUAUCACUAAAGAAGCAACUAUUAAAGAAAAAGUUGGAAUCUAACCGCAAAGAGCUAGAAGAAGCUGAGGCUCUUGCAGCUGCAGAACCAGGCAGUAUCAGUGAACAUAAACUACAGGAACUCACUGUGCAAAGAAGACAUCUGGCUGCAGAUCUAAAGGAAACUGUGCAUGACAUUAAAAAAGCAGAACGUCGUGCUUCAGAAAGGGCUCAGGAACCAGCCAUCGAAAUGGAAUUGUAUAAAUUAUCUGUGAAGAAGAAUAUGUUGCAGGAAAAGCUAGAAUUCAACCAGAAAGAGCUAGAACAAGCCCAGGCUCUUGAAGCUGCUCAACCAGGCAGUGUCAGUGAGCAUAAACUACAGGAGCUUGCUGAGCAAAGAAGAAAUUUGACUGAAGACCUAAAAGCAACAAUAUAUAAUAUUAAAAAAGCACAGCGUCGUUCUUCAGAAAGAGCUCAACUUGAACAACCUACUGAAAGAGAAUUAUUUGAGCUAUCUGUGAAGAAACAGCUUUUACAAGCAAACUUGGAAUCCAACUGGAAAGAGCUACAGGAAGCUCAAGCUCUUGCAGCCACCCAACCAGGCAGUAUCAGUGAACAUAAACUACAGGAGCUCACCGAGCAAAGAAGACACUUGGCUGCGGAUCUAAAGGAAACUAUGCACGAUAUACAAAAAGCUGAACGUCAUGCUUCAGAAAGGGCUCAGCUUGAAACAUCCACUGGAAGAAAGUUAUAUGAUCUCUUGGAGAAGAAGCAUCUAUUAGAAGCCAAUUUGGAAUCCAAUUGGGAAAAUCUGCAAGAAGCUCAGGCUCUUGCAGCUACUCAGCCAGCCAGUAUUACUGACUAUAUACUUGAGAAACUAGCUGAGGAAAGAAGGCGUCUGACUGAAGAUCUAGAUGCAACUGUACAUGAUAUACUAGAAGCACAUCAUCAAGCUUCAGAAAAAUCUCUAACUGGGAAACCUGCUGAAAAGGAAUUAUAUGAACUAUCAGAGGGGAAACAACUAUUGCUGGAAAAUUUAAAAGGGCUACAAGAAGCUCAGGCUCUUGCAGCAACACAACCUGGCAGUAUUGGUGAGGAGAAACGAAAGCAGCUAGCUGAGCGUUUGGCUGCAGAUCUAGAGGCAACUAUGCAUGAUUUACAAAAAGCACAGCGCCAGGCUUCAGAAAUACCUUUAACUGUAAGACCCAGUGAAAAGAAGGUAUAUGAACUGUCAGAGAAGAAGUCCCUUUUAUUGGAGAGUUUGGCAUUCAAUCGGAAACAGCUACAGGGAGCUCAGGCCCUUGCUGCUCUCCAUCCAGGCAGCAUCAGUGAUUAUAAACUAGAGGAGCUAAUUGAAGAAAGAAAACUUUUGACUGAAGAGCUAAGAGGAGCUGUACAUGAUCUACAAGAAAUACAACACCAUACUUCACAACGAGUUCUGACUGGAAAACCCAUUGAGGAAUUGACUAAGAAGAAACAACAGUUGCUGGAAAGGUUGGAAGCCAAUCAGAAGGAACUAGAAGAAGCUGAAGUUCUUGACGCUGCUCAAUCAAGCAGUAUCAGUAAACAUAGAUUACAGGAGCUAGCUGAAGAAAGAAAACGCUUAACUAUUGAUCUAGAAGAAACUCUACACAAUAUCAUAAUACAAGAAGUAAAACAUCAUGCUUCAAAACCCAGUGAAAAGGAGUUAUAUAAACUGUCAGAAUGGAAGCAACAUUUAUUGGAUGAUUUGGAAUCCAAUCUGAAAGAGAUAGAAGUCCAGGCUCUUGCAGCUACCAAACCAGGCAGCGUCAGUGAGAAAAAAAUGCAGAAGUUAAAUGAGCAAAGAAAGAUUUUGGCUGAAAACCUGGAGUCAGUUGUAGAAGAUACACAAAAAAUGAAAGCUCGUAUUUCUGAGGCAGGUGGAGUAAUGCGACCCAUCGAAAAGGAUUUAAAUGGGCUUUUACGGAAGAAAAAACUGUUUUUGGAACGCUUGGACUCAAAUCUAAAAAACCUGCUGGAAGCACAAACGCUUGCAGCUACUCAUCCAGGCAGAAUCAAUGAGAUGAAGGUUCAAGGGCUCACUGAACAAAGAAGGCUCUUGGCUGCUGGCCUGGAAGCAAUUAUUCAAGAGUUACAAGAUAUACAGGGUGUUGCUCCAGAGGAACUUGGGAUAACAAAAUCCAGGGAAAUGGCUUUGCAACAACUAUUUGAAAAAAAGAGAGUGUUUUUGGAAAAUCUGGCAUCAAAUUUGAAAGACUUGAAACAAGCACAGGCUCUUGCAGCUGCAGAACCAGGUGGUAUCAAUGAACAAAAGGUACAAGAGCUCGUUGAACAAAGAAGGCUUUUGACUGUAGGUUUAGGUGCAGUACUACAAAGUAUACAAGAUGCAGAGAGUCUUAUUUCAGGCAAAGUGAAAAUAGUAAAACCCAGUGAAAUUGAGUUGGACAAAUUAUCUGAGAAAAGAAGAUUGCUUUUGGAAAACAUGGAAUUAAAUCUAAAAGAACUGAAAGAUUUGCUGGCCCUUCCAAUUGAUAGUAUGAGUGAGCCAAAAAUGCAGGAGCUAACUCACAAAAGAAAGCUUUUGGCUGCUGGUCUGGAGGAAAUUAUUCAGCAUAUGCAAGAAUCACAAAGACUUGAAUUAGACCAAGAAGUAAUGACAAGACCUGACGAGAGAAAUAUAAAUGAUCUCAUGGAAUUUUCAAGGCUAGAAUCAAAACUGGACGAGAUUCAAGAAGUAGGAGCUCUUUCAGAUAUUCAGCUGGAUCACAUAAGGGAAAAAAUACACAAACUAAAAGAACAAAAAAGAAGUUUGAUUGAUAAAUGGGAAGUAGAUCUUCUUAAAGAAUAUUCAGAAGAAUAUAUAACUGGAAAACCUGAAAGAGAAAAAGCAGUAAAAGAAUUCCUUGGAAAAAAGGGAAGCUUGUUUUCACAUUUGCAGUCAAGUAUAAAAGAUCUGCAAAAAGGCUUUAUUCGGCAUACCAGUAUACCAGAGAAAAGAACACAAGAGUUAUCAGAAGAAAAAACUAUUUUGGAUGAUUAUCUUAUGGGAGUUCCGAUAGAGCUGCUGCAUUCAGAUGCUGCUGCUUUAAGUGCAAAAUAUGGACCUGAUGAUAAGAAAUCAGUAAAACGAAGGGCUUUAGCUGCAAAAUUAGAAGCAAAUAUAAGAGAUCUUCAAGCUGCUUUCGAAACACGAAAAAUAGAAACACCUAGAUAUGCUGAUCCAAGGAGCAUUUCACGAACAGCAGGCAGACAAAAAGUUAGUAUAACUGAGCCAUCAGACCAUCAGCUAUUGAAACAACCACUCUCAGGGCUGCAGAUACACAUAAGUAAAGUACCUGGGUUUCAAAGAGUCAAACCUGAUAAUAGAAAAAUAGGUGUAGAAUUUGAUACUUCAGCACAGGAGCAACAGGAACAACUUCUAAAGAGGGAAAUAGAUCUAACAUGUAAAAGACAACUUGCAGAGCAGCUACCAGAGAACAAAAUAUCUUUACCACGAUUGUAUAGUUCCUCUACGUUUGAUAGAAAUGCAAACAGAUUUGCUCUGGAGAAUGCAUUACAAGAAAUAUUAGAGUAUAACAAGAAUCUGCUUCCAGGCCAUAGAGCAAAUCUGCAACAAGCACUGCAACUUGCACAGAAUCAGUUACUACAAAAACAACAACAGGAACAACAAGUCAACUUGCUCGUUGAAAAAUUCAGAAAUAUGUCAGUAUUUUCCCCCCAACCACCUGGGACAGCUAGGUUCCAUGACUAUACAGUGCAGACCCAAAAAUCAGCAUGGGAAACAAACCAACUACCACAAAAAGACUAUCUCCAAAAGCUGCAGUUAUUAAGGCGAAAGAUUUUGGGGCCAGAGAUCAAAGGGGGAGGUCUUUCAUCACCUAGUCAGGCAGCAAGCUCUCUAGCCAGUCAGGAACAAGAAACAGGCUCAAUUGUUAUUUGUGGAAAGGGAUGCAAUCCCUACAGAAAUCCUGGCUGUUUCCCAGUCAUAAAACAAAGAUCAAGAUAUGACUGACCUUAUUCUUAAGUGUUUUUAUAGAUUGAUUCACUGACGCAGACAUCUUAUGAAAUUCACCUUGGCUGAAUUGUGAAAAGGAAUCACAAAAACCUAUGUUGUUGUAUUAAUCUGUUCUGAGAACUGUGGAAGUUAGUUGUACUGGAAUGGCAGUUAAAAAUAUAUGAAACCUGAACUACUGAAGCUCUGACAAUAGUAGUAAUUUUUCAUGGUUAUAUAGAACAUAGCUACAUUUGUUUUUAAACAAAACUACGUUUUUGUUUCUGGUAUGGUAAAAACAAUGCUGUAAUCGGAUGUUUGAAAACAACCUGAUCUUUGGCCCCUAGAAAUGACCAUAAAAACUGGAUGUUAAGAAGUCACAUGGCACCAAAAGCAAGGACUGUGUUGGCUCAGGGUUUAGGAGGUAAGCUCCCCCUUCAGCAGCCAUUUAUGGGGAACAGCCUCCCUUCUUCUCAUCCAAGCCCUUGGGACAGUGCUAAUUUGUCUGAACUUAAAAAACUACAGUUUACCUGUUGGCAGUGGAGGACAUUCUCUUGUAGGGAUGUAUCAGAGCAGCCCCCUAACCCUGGGUGGGCUUCUUCUGCCCACAUCUACUGCUGAACGAUCCUCUGAAGAACCUUCCAACCAAAUGCCGUAUCAGUUGAUGAAAAACUAUUUUGUAGUGUUCACAAAAGUAAGAGGUGUGGUCCAAAUAGCAGCCCCUACCAAUGUCCUAUAUAGGAAAAUUGCCCUUAAAUGAGGCAGAACCUGCAGCUCCCCUAACUGAAUGUGCCAUACACUACCAGGAUGUUCCUUGCCCAAUGCUGAAUACGCUUGGGAAAUUGCUGUCAGCAGCCACAGUGAACUGGAAGAGACAGAGACUUACUUUCCCUUAGAUGGCCCCGAAAGGCCACAAACAAGGAUUCUGAAUGACAGAAUUAAAAGGUGUGACCAAAUAAAAUCUCAGAGCACAUUUUAUGUCCAAGGAAUGUCACCAUCUCUCCUGAGAGCAGGAAGGGCUUGGACAAAAAGAGGGAAGGACUACUUCUUGCGACCUGUGAAAGGCUAAGUUUACUCUGGGCAAGCACAGAUACGGACACAGCACCACCUUAUCUUAGUGGAAGAUGCACAGUUGUGGAUCGACUGAUAAAGCCCCCCGUUUCCACUGCCAACAUCUAACAAAACUUUAUGGUAAGAAAAACUUCCAUUUUUGCCCACAAACCAAAUCCCAAAGCAGUCUGAUUCUGGUUCAGAGUCUUGACUUUUUAGGGCAAGGUAUAACUUGCACAAACAAUACUUGCCAGAUUUGUAUGUUAGUUUGUUACUAACCACAAUAAGAAGCUUCUGAUUACAGUAUGCAGCAGAAGAAUGGAUUGUGUUGUGGCUGCUCAUAUUGCUAUGCUAUGUAUUAGUGCAUCAGAGCAGCCCCACUAAUAGUCUGUUUUAAUGAAAACUAGUAUGUUAGGGAAGCAAAGGCUAUUUAUAGCCUACCUUUUAAGAGACAAACUUUCUCACACGGUAGUUUACAAUAGCUUAACACAAUAUAUUGAAUAAAAUGUUUAAAAAUAUCUUCCAACCAGUAAAUUAAACAUCUGCAGCAGCUAGGACAUGAAGCCAGCAUAAAACCAUCAAUAGUUAGUGAGAUAGAACAAAUGCUUUAAAAUUUGCUUAAGUUACAAAUGACAAGAAUAUACAUACUCCUGGGGAUGGAAUUCCCAAGAUGUGGUGCCUUAAAAAAAGUAUUGGACAAACUCAUGGAGGAAAAGGCUAUCAGUGGCUACUAGUCAUGAUAGCUAUGCUGUGCCUCCAUAAACAGAGGCAGUAUGCUUUUAAAUACCAGUUGCUGGAUACUGCAGGAUGGGAGAGUGUUCUUUGCACUCAGCCCCUGCUUGUGGGUUUCCCAUGGGCAACUGGUUGGUCACUCUAGGAACAGGAUACUGGACUAGAUAGGCCGUUGGCCUAAUCCAGUGGGCUGUUCUUACAUUUUUAUUGCUGAAAUGGCCUUACCUCUGGUACCUGCCAAUCUGAUGAUACUUGGACAUAGGCCAGAGAGGAGGGCCUCUGAAAGUUCAUAUGGUGGAGGUGGUCCUUCAUGUGACUUGGUCCCAAACCAUUAAGGACUUCAGGUCAAGACUAGCACUUGAAGCUGAGCCUGGAAAUAAAUAUACAACCAAUGCAGCUGGUACAGAAUUGGUGCCACAUGAUCCAAACAGCUGUAUUCUGUAGAAGUAGUCCCGGAUAGAGAAUAUCACAAAAAUCUAGUCUGAAUGUAACUAAAGCAAAAACUUAUCCUCAACAUUUUGGUUUUUUAAAAGACUUGAAGGCACAUAACAAAUUAAUUUAGAAAGCCCAAGUCUUGCAGAUUCCACGGCUCCACUAAGAGGUACUAAAUUACAAAAUGGUACAAAUAAAAUGCAGGUAUGGUGUUUUUUAAAGAUUUUUUUUAUUUAAUAAAUAAUGUCCAUGAUAGCACUGUAAAAAGUGAACAUUUGUUAAAAUAAAAGGCACUUAAAAUAAGAAUGUGGCUAGUAUAGAAGAGAUGACAGAAUGGUCAGUGGCAAAUAUACAUGGCACAAUGAUAUCUCCUGACUGAAAGUCAUGUUACAUGACAAUUAUGCAGUCUCCGCUACAAAAUGAAGGCAAAUUUACAGCCAAGACUGCAAAAGAAAAUAAAGUCAUUUUUACAACAAUAAUAUUACACAAAAUGAAAUCAAAUACAUUAAAGAAAAAGGUGACAAAGCACCAGGCUUUAACCUAAACAAGAACAUUAAAAAAACAGUUAGUUAAGGCCUUUAUGCAUUUGGAAGAUGUCUUAGUAGACUUACUUUUAAGUACCAAAGCCAGGAUUUGAGUGUACAAAGAAAAAA